GCCACAAUCAACAAAACUUAACUUUGCCACUCAUCUUCUCCAUCUCAAAACCCUAGCACCACGCUCCAGCGGCGGCGGUCAUGGCCGGCGGCAAAGUGCGGAAGCAGAGGGAGCACGGAACUCGUCAGCAUAUGCAGGGAGGUAUUCCCUUCGAGAAAUCCAAAGGACAGCACAUCCUCAAGAACCCCAUGCUCGUUGACACCAUCGUCCAGAAAUCCGGCAUCAAGCCCACUGAUGUCGUCCUCGAGAUCGGACCAGGUACUGGGAAUCUCACCAAGAAGCUCCUCGAGGUCGCCAAGUCCGUCGUCGCUGUUGAGCUUGACCCCCGCAUGGUGCUCGAGCUUCAGAGACGCUUUCAAGGCACACCUUUUUCUUCCCGGCUUAAGGUCAUCCAAGGAGAUGUCCUCAAGUGUGAUCUUCCAUACUUCGACAUCUGUGUGGCUAACAUCCCCUACCAAAUCUCAUCUCCUCUCACUUUCAAGCUUUUGUCACACACCCCACCUUUCAGAUGCGCUGUGAUCAUGUUCCAGCGAGAAUUCGCCAUGAGACUAGUCGCCAAUGCUGGCGACAACCUCUAUUGUCGGCUCUCCGUGAACACUCAGCUUCUAGCACGUGUCUCACAUCUCCUCAAAGUGGGGCGCAACAACUUCAGACCACCACCAAAAGUCGACUCCUCUGUGGUGCGAAUAGAACCAAGGCGGCCUCUCCCUCCUGUUAGCUUCAAGGAGUGGGACGGGCUUGUUCGCAUAUGUUUCAACCGUAAGAACAAGACCUUGGGUGCAAUCUUUCGACAAAAGAGAGUCCUCUCGUUGCUGGAGAAGAACUACAAGACCAUCCAAGCUCUGCAACACUUACAGAACAGCUCGAUCAAUGAACAGAAUGUAACCUCAGAAGAUGUCUUAGUUUUGGCAAAUAUGGUUGACGAUUUGAGCAUGGACAUCGAGUCUGGGAAGGAGGAUGACGAUAUGGAGAUCGAAGAUGGUGAUUUGUGUGGCGGAGAAAGGUCGGCUUUCAAGGAAAAGGUGUUGGAGGUGUUGAAGCAGGGAGACUUUUUGGAGAAGAGGGCUGCCAAGCUCACACAGGUAGAUUUCCUGUAUCUGCUCUCCCUGUUCAACAAGAUCGGCAUACAUUUUUCUUGAUGGACCUAUGAACAUGAUGGAUACGAUUUCAGAUGUUCAUCUGUUCAUUUGGUUCCCAGUUUUGUAGGAUCUUUUUAUUUGAGUUUGUCCUUAAGUUUAUCUUAUGUGUCACACUUGUGUUUAUAGGAGAUUUUGAAUACCUGUUGUUUUGAUCA